CCGAUGUUGGUCCCGACGACGUCCUUGUGCUGAAUACUUGCGCGAGGACACCUGUCCAGCUCACACGCGCGCACACAGCUGAAGGUUGCACAGCCUGCGAAAACGCACUAGCCUUGCGUCUUCGUCCGUCUUUAGGCGUUCCGCUUGGGCCACUCCCCGGCCUCAACGUCAACUCCGCCCCCCGUCUUGCCAUCCUGGUCCAAGCACUGCAACAGGUCAAACCGACUCAUCUACUUGUUAGCUGUUGCUGCAUCGCAAGAGUGACGCUACCAACUGUUGUUAUCUUGCUCUUUUUGGCCGCAACGGGAAACAUACAAGAACAGUUGAUCUGGCAGCCCCGCCUGCUUAUAUCAACAGCAUCUACUCGCCACAGCGCCCACUCUCCAUUAUCGCACACGGACACCCUGGCUCUCUUAUAUACCGCGGGUGAACUGGGUGUCAUUACCUACAGAACUUACCUCCUACCCUCAUUCGCACGGUUUUGCGCCACUCCACCAGUCCCUUCUGCUCCAGAACCCGCCCUUGCUCCCGCUCUAUCUACAUGGACAAUCCAGGUGGUACCGGAGCUGAGCGAUUACCACCAGAAUCUCAGCCGCGCGACAUUCACCCCUUCGACCGGGAGUCCCGUCAUUCCAUUGAGUCGCCCUCCAAAACAAACGCAAUGUUCAGCAUAUAUGACCUAGUUUUGACUCUUGAUGUCUUGGCUUUGCUUGUCUUGUUUGCUGUGACGAUACCUGUGGUUCCGCCACAUUUUCCCAGCCGCGAGAGGCGCAUAUACCCAUGGCUCUUCUAUGGAGCGCGCAUAGCAGCCUUCGCAUUAGUACUCGGAAUGAUGUGUCUACCUCGUCGUUGGCGGACUCGGUUCAGCAUCCCCCGGAACAUCAUUCUGUUGGCCAUAUGGGCGGUGUACGCGUACCGUGACAUAUGGCCGCUCGCCACGUACGAUCUGACACCCAUCGAUGGUGCAGAAGGGAACCUCCUCUGGGCCAAGAUCGGACUUCUCACACUGGCUGCUAUUGUUCUUCCCCUGAUAUCCCCUCGCCACACCGACGAUCUCGACGCACGUCCGGAGCAGAGAGCAUCGAUUUUCUCUUUGGUCACUUAUGGCUGGCUUGAUCCACUCAUCUGGAGAGCACAACACCUAAAGCAUCUGCCCUUUGAAGAGUUGCCUCCACUAGCAGAGUACAACAGCACAGACCACCUUGUGGAGACCAGCUAUGCACUCGUGGACCCAAUGCGGGUAAGUGACGAUCGAAGCAAGAGCAGGGACGUCGCAUGGGGCCUUGCUAGACUCUUCUCCCCCGAUUUGCUGGUCAUGGGAAUCAUGGUCAUCCUCGCUAGUGCUUCCUCGUUUCUAACGCCCCUCGGCCUCAAGCACAUUCUAUCGCACGUCGAGCAAGGAUCGCAGAACGAGACCUUCAAGCCCUGGUUCUGGAUCCUCGCUCUCCUUUUCGGCUCUAUGGGCGUGUCGAUGUGCAUGCAAUAUUACCAUUACGUCUCGACGCAGGUUGUGGCACGGACACAGGCAAUUCUGACGCAGCUUAUGUACGACGUGGCGUUGAUGAUGCGGCCGAAGGCCACCACGAACGCCAAGACCGCCCCGGGAAAGCCGCAAGACGGGAAGGGGGCCAUGCCGCUCGUCCAGAACUUGGUCACGACGGACUUGACGAAUGUGACGAAUGCGAGCACCUUCGUGCUGCUUGUCUUGUUCGAGACUCCCAUCCAUAUCGUGCUGUCUGUGGUCUUCUUGUACUCGAUUCUCGGAUGGAGUACGUUCGUGGGAGUCGCAGUCAUGGUCGCCCUGUUCCCAGUGCCGACGGAACUCAGCAAACGUACGAAAGGCCUACAGGGUGCCAAGGCCAGGGCGUCCGACCGUCGUGUGACGCUGGUCAUUCAAAUGCUGGACAUGAUACGCACGAUCAAGUUUUUGGCAUGGGAGCCGGAACAGGCUGAGAAGCUGGGCAACGCGCGACUGGAGGAGCUCCGCGCCAUUCGCAAGGUUAACAUGAUGCAGAUUUGGAUUGGCGCUAUCAACGUCUGUAUCCCAUUGUUGAUCAUGCUGGCGAGUUAUGCAACCUUCACUCUUGGGAUGAAACGCGAGCUAUCAGCCUCCAUCGUUUUCUCGUCUAUCUCAUUGUUCGAGAUACUCCGUUCGCAGCUGGGAUUGAUAUUCUUCCGCAUUCCGAUCUUGACCAACGGCAAAGUUUCGCUGGAGCGUAUCAACCGUUUCCUCAAGGAGACUGAACUUCUGGAUCGAUACACGAAGAAGGGCGGCAACGUUGACCAUCUCACGGAGAAUGGACACAGUCUUGAGACUCAUGCCACCGACAUCGGCUUCCGCGACGCACACUUCACAUGGACAGAAGAGUCCGCACAAGAUCAACCCUUCACUCUCAAGAUCGACAGGGAGCUGCUCUUCAAGAAGGGCGGGUUGAACAUCAUCUAUGGUCCGACUGCGAGCGGGAAGACAUCCCUGCUGGUGGCAUUGCUCGGCGAGAUGCACUAUAGGCCGCAGAAUGGCUCUUCCUUCGUUAGCUUGCCGGUCGAAGAGGGUGUGGCAUACGCUGCACAGGAGUCAUGGGUCAUGGCAGCCUCCGUUCGGGACAACAUCCUCUUCGGGCAGCCUUAUGACGAGGAUCGGUACUAUCACGUCAUCGAGGCGUGUGCCUUGGAUGAGGACAUUGAUGAAUUCGAGCACAAGGACGAGACGCUGGUUGGGGAGCGUGGUAUUCUUUUGAGCGGUGGGCAGAGGGCAAGGCUCACGCUUGCUCGAGCGGUCUAUUCGAAGGCGCAAAUCCUAUUGUUAGAUGACAUCCUCUCUGAAAUCGAUAACAGCACGAUUCAGCACAUCGUCAGGCAUGUUUUCCGGGGCGAUUUGCUCAAGGGUAGAACAGUUAUCUUAGCGACCAACAACGUCAAGGCGGUGCUGCCCAUCGCGACUUGGGCUGUGCAGCUCGGUCAUAAUGGAACUGUUGUCGAUGCGGGACCCCCUCCUCAGGAUCUCAUCGCAUCGUCUGCAACGCCGAGCGCUACACCCAACGGCGUACAUGUGAAAUCUUCCAGAGCGGAUAGGAAGGCGGGCGCCGACCAGCCUGUACAGCAGCAACAAGUCGCACCGGAGGAGACGCAAGAGGGCCACGUGGGCUGGAAGCCAAUGAGCCUCCUGUUUGGCAACAUGUCAAAGUAUCCCAUUUUGUUCUGGAUUGUCUUACUGAGCUCCCUGCUCCUUGCGAGUGUCGUGAUCAACGCGCAGAUCUGGCUACUUGGCUAUUGGGCGAGCCAAUAUUCUGAUCAGCCGGCAUCUAGAGUUUCUGUGGUAUUUUUCCUGGCGAUCUAUGUUACACUUCUGAUUGGAUCCUUGUUGACCGACGCUGUUUCGCGGAUGGUGCACUUGGCAGGAACUUUGGAGGCGUCUGCGAAGAUCCACUCAAAAUUGGCGAAUUCGAUCCUCGGAGCGACGCUCAGGUGGCUGGACUACACCCCCAAAUCCCGCGUCGUCGCCCGUUUCACAGACGAUAUUGGUGCCAUCGAUGGACAGAUCUCGAACUUCCUGCUGAAGCUGCUAGAGUUGUCUACGUCGAUGCUCGUGCGACUCGUCCUCGUGUUGGUGGUGGCCCCCAUCUUCACCGUGGCUGUUUUGCUGUUCGGAAUCAUCAGUGGGAUCUAUGCGAGGGCAUACAUGAAGGCGCAGCUGCCGGUAAAGCGCGAACAAAGCAAGACACGUGCACCUCUCAUCGGUCAUCUCAACUCCACGGUUGCUAGUCUUGUCUCAAUCCGUGCGUAUGGUGUUCAGAAGACAUUCCAGAACGACAUGCAUGAUCGAAUCGAUCGCUGGACUCGGGCUUCCAAUACGUUCUACAACUUGAACCGAUGGGUCAUCGUUCGCGCAGACCUUGUCGGGACGAUUUUCACAGUAUCGCUAGCGACGUACUUGACGUAUUUCACGAAACUAAACGCAUCCAAUAUCGGAUUCUCUUUGAACAUGGCCAUCGCAUUCAGCUCCAAGGUAUUCGAGUUUGUCCGGACGCUCAACACGUUUGAAGUUUCUGUGUACAGUCUCGAGCGUAUCCAGCAGUAUCUCGUGAUUGAGCAGGAGGACAUGUCAGAACCGGAUGCUUUCCCGCAAGCCGAAGGCGAUUGGCCCACGGACGGAUCACUCGAUGUCGAAGAUCUGUCGGCGUGGUACACGCUUGAUGGACCGGAGAUUCUGAAGAGGGUAACCUUCAGCAUCAAGUCAGGGGAACUUAUCGGCAUCGUUGGUCGUACUGGUAGUGGAAAGAGCACUCUAACGCUGGCACUGCUGCGUUGCAUCCCAACCAAUAUCCGUACCAGUUCCUCGCCAGAGGCAACAGGCGAUGUCGUCUACUCCGGCAAAUCAAUCGGAAUGGUUGGCCUUACAACGUUGCGGAAGAAAAUUACAAUCAUUCCUCAAAUUCCGGAAUUGUUCCAAGGAACCAUUCGGCAGAACCUAGAUCCCUUCGGGAAGUAUAGGGACGCAGAACUAGGAAGUGCUCUGCUUGGUGCACAAGGGAUUGAGAACGCACAGGAGACGGUGACGGACACGCUCACACUCGACACUCAAGUGUCGUCGGGCGGUAAGAACUUGUCCGCUGGUCAGCGACAGAUCGUUGCUCUAGCCCGUGCGAUCGUCAGAAAGAGCAAACUACUCGUCAUGGAUGAGGCGACAUCCUCCGUCGACAACGAGAGUAAUGCUAAGAUCCAAUUAGCCCUGCGCAAACAGCUGGAUCACAAAGUCACUGUGAUCACUGUAGCUCACCGAUUGUCAACCAUCAAAGACUACGACAAAGUGCUUGUGCUCGAUUCCGGAUCAGUGGUUGAGUUCGACAGCCCCAUAAAUCUACUUCGCAAGGAAAACGGUCGCUUCCGGGAAUUAGUCGAUCAGGCAUCUGCUGAAGAGAGACAAUUGAUACGUGCCGCAGUCGGUCUCGUGACUUGAAUUCACUUUGUAUCCUGCCAUCGAACAGAACUCCGCCGUGCAUCACCAUAUGUCGAUUCAAGUAUUUGUAAGCUACUAAACUGUUUAAUCUCUCAGACUCUACAUCGUGGAAUAGUCAUGCAGUCGC